AUUUGAAACCUUUGAUCUGAAUAGCUUUGAACAAUUUUGCAUCAACUAUGCCAAUGAAAAACUGCAGCAACAAUUCAACCUGUCAAAAGUUAGCAUUUGAAUUCGACUCCAAAAGAGUAGUCCAGCAAUUACGAGCAUGUGGGGUGUUAGAAACCAUUCGUAUAAGCUCUCAGAGCUACCCGUCAAGGUGGACUUACAUUGAGUUUUACAGCCGUUACAGCAUUCUCAUGUCUCAAAGCGAACUUUCUCUAACAGACAAGAAGCACAUUUGCAAGAUGGUUCUGCAGCGGCUAAUCCAGGAUCCAAGGCAAUAUCAAUUUGGCAGGACAAAGAUUUUUUUCAGAGCAGGGCAGGUUGCCUAUUUGGAAAAAGUCCGGUCAGAUCGACUAAGGCAAGCAUGCAUCAUGGUCCAGAAGAACAUCCGAGGUUGGCUUCAAAGGAAGAAGUUCCUCCGUGUCAGACAAGCUGCAAUCAUCAUACAGCAAUACUUCCGCGGAGAGAGGACUGUACGAAAAGCUAUAACCGCCAGGGCCCUGAAGGAAACCUGGGCUGCCAUAGUCAUCCAGAAAUACAGCCGAGGAUACUUAGUGCGUAGACUUUGCCAACUCAUCCGUGUGGCUGCUUUGACGAUCCAGGCCUUCACUCGAGGAUUUCUAGCGAGGAAGAAAUACAGGAAGUUAAACUGGAUAAUUUGACGCAGCAAUUAUUCUCUGACGUUCAAAGGGAGGAAAAACAACGAAUAAUACUGGAGAAAAGUUUCCAGAGCCAAAAACAAGAUUAUGAAAAAAGGAUUGAGUCACUCACUGCAGAAAUAAUGCUUCUCAAAGAGGAAAAUGCUCGGCUGCAAAAUCGGAUUCAAGAAAUGCAACAAGCUCAGGACGGCUUAAAAACAGAAAUAGAUGAGCUUUCAAAACAAAUAAAGAGCCUUGCCACUUCGAAAGGAAACGUCCAUGAAAGGAAAAACGGUACCCACGUUUCCAGAGUUUCAGAGGGAUGGGGACCAUCUGGGGAAACAGUCUGAAAAAUCAAAUGGGACUGGAAGCAAAAUAUGGCAGGACGUGGCAUAUCUCACCAUGGAAAACUCGGAUCUAGAAGAAGAGCUGGAUAAGAAAGACCGGUUGAUAAAGAAACUUCAGGAUCAAAUCAGAACUCUUAAAAAAUCCAUUGAGACAGUGCCAGGAAUGCUGGAGUAUGAAAGCCUUCAGGGGAUUUCAGGCUUAAAACCAACCGGAUUUCGCAAGCGUUCCUCCAGCGUCGAUGACACAGAUGCUUACACGAUGACCUCCAUCUUGCAACAGCUCAGUUAUUUUUACACAACCAUGUGUCAGAAUGGCUUAGACCCGGAGCUUCUGAAGCAGGCCGUGAGGCAGCUCUUCUUUCUGAUUGGAGCAGUUACUCUGAACAGUCUCUUUCUCCGGAAAGAUAUGUGCUCUUGCAGAAAGGGGAUGCAAAUAAG